UCCGUGGGUUUAAACCGGGGAAAGUGAUUUCCUGAGGUUGACCAGGAGUGAAUAAGUCAUGCUUUGAGCUCUCACACCAACCCAACCAGUAGAUGUUUUUCACCACUAAGACAGUUGGUGCCAUUAUAGAACAGCUCGGAAACAAAUGAUAAUGGAACCGUCGGUGAACUCUCAGAAGGACGACACUGGUGCAAUGGAGAGCUUGCAGGCCCAGCUAGCAGAUUGCCGAGCGCAGCUGGAGCACUGGCAGGGCGUAGCGACAAUCUGCGAACUGAGCAAACAGGAGGAGCUGGGAGAGCUGCAGAGACAGUGUGACCAGGAGAUGCAGUCUCUUCAGGAGGCCCUCAGAGAGACGGCUUCUCAGUAUGAGGCUAGAAUAUCUACUCUGCAGUCUGAGCGAGCCCAGUGGAGGAGAGCCAGUGUGCAGUCUCAGGGCAGUAUAAAGAAGGAUGGGGUGGAGGCGGGAGCUAUGCAGUCCGAGGGCCAGUCGACAGACCCCACCGAUAGCCUCAGAAAGCCAAGAACAGAUGGAUGGGAUAGCCAACCAGCGGAGGCUGAGGGACCAGGGGAGGGUGAAGGGGCAGGGCUGGAGGGCUAUUUCUCCCAGAACUGUGACUUCGCCUCUUUCUCCUCCUUCUCUUUGGACACGCCAUCACUGCCCCGCCGCCAACCUUCCCAGGAAGACACUGCCUCCCUGGUCUCCACGGGAACCCUGGUGCCCGAGGCCAUCUACCUGCCCCCGCCUGGCCACCGUCUGGUCACACACACCGAAUGGGACUCGCUUAACACACAGGUUGUGGAGCGGGAGGGAGAGCUGAGUCGACUGAGGGAAGAGAGGACCAAGCUGGAGAGCGAGCUGGACACACAGACUGCUGAGACACACACACACGUCUCAGUUCUCCAGUCUCAGGUUCAGACCUCCGAGGCCCUCCUACAGGAGCUGCAGAAGUCUUUCAACCAAUCACAGAAUGCCAUCCAAAGCAGGCUGGCAGAGCUGUCUUUCUCUCAGAGGAGGGUGCGUAACGAGCUGUUCAGGCUAAAAGGGGAGGAGAUCGAGGAGAUGGUUGGGGCAGGGGACGCCAACACACCCCUUGGUCCUAUACUACAGGGGGCACACAGUGCGGAGAGGCUGCGUAUUGAGAUCGUCAAUCUGAAGGAACAACUGGAGACCCGCGUGGAGGAGAGUGAAGUUUUACAAGUGCAGCUGUCCAGUCUGAAGACCGAGAUGGAGCGGGUCCAGUGUCAAGAGGAGACGCUGCAGUUGGAGCUACAGAACGGUCGCACCGAGCUACAAGGCCUCGGCGUGGCGCUCUCACACCUACAAGGAGACAGCAAGACUCUCAGCCAUGACAAGGCGUCCCUCCAGCAACAGUGUUUGGAGCUGCGUAGCCAGAUCAUCAGUAUGCGUUCUCAGGUGGACACCAGUCAGAUGGUGCAGAGGGACUUUGUCCAGCUUUCACAGUCACUGCAGGUGAAGCUGGAGUUGAUCCGUCAGGCUGAAACUCUGGACCAGGUCAGGGACAUCUUGGAGGAGGGGCUUCCUGAAGAGGGUGCCCCACCCACUGAUGCCACGUGAGUCUAUCAGAGCAGCACAACAGAGCCAAAGCGAAGGGAGAAACGGGAAGUAUUCCAAGGGUGACCAAUAAGAACGAGGCUGGACAUGAAGUGCAACCGUAACCAUGUAGAAAGACAUGGCCACUAUCCCUGCUUUGAAGAGGAGUGGGCUUAGCAAGGCACUGUGAAUAAUCACUGAUAGACAAAUCACCUUUUCAUUCCAGACCACUAAUAAUGAGUCAGAUCUAUGCUGGCAUUGUUCAGGCCAAUCCUCUCCAACAUUGGGAAUCACCACCUCAGCUUGUAAUGUGACUUGGAAUAUUUGUACUUUGGAGCUGUUCAAUGAUGAUAUUUUUGGUUGCUCCUCGACUUGUUGCUUGAGCGCCCUCCACAUCUUUCCAUAUUUGGGAGUUUAAAAAAUAUAUUUUCUCAUGUUCAAUGACCAAACACUCAUUCGAAGACUGGCCUUAACCACCUUUUUUACUGGACUCAUUGAGGACUUGAAUAUUUGUAUUGAAGUUCCUGACUUGACAUUCCCGCCAGUCGGAUGUGAUGAGAAACACUCCAACACUCCACUACUGCUUUAGUGGAAGUCACUAAAAUGCAAUAUGUUGAAAAUAGGCCAGUAUCUACUGUAAGCUAUAACGUAUUAUGAUACUUCUGACACAUGGAAAUGCACACACUCACCCACCUCUCAGGACCAGUGGGCACUUUGCUUGACUUCCAAUCAUUGAUCUAAAACCACUGCCCUUGUUGAUACCAGCGAGUAACACUAAAAACUCGAAACAACCACUCCAGUGACACAAUUACCUUUAUACCUUUUUAGACUUUACCACUUUUUAAAAUGAAGAAUAAGAGAAGAAACCUGUGAAUUAAUUUUGCAUUCUCUUGUUGAUACUAAUUACCUUAAUAUAUAAAUAUACAUUGAAAAUCUACUCAUUGCAGGAUCAUGUUUUUCUUGUGUAAUUGUUUGCGGAGAGAGAGGUUUGUGUGUGUGUCCACCCUGUUAUACAGCUGUGAAGCAUGGAUCCCUUAGUCGGCACAUGAAAACCCUGGAGGCCUUCCAAAUAAAGGGCCUCAAGAAGAUCCUCUGUGUUACCUGGCAGGAUGCAGUACACCACACGGAGGUACUGAAAUGGACUGGCAGUGUUAGCAUGCAGUCCACCUUGACCAAGCCAUCUUAGUUGGUGAUUGUUUAUGUCAUCUGCGUCCUAGAGUGCCGGCAUCCGCCGAAAGUGCUCAACGGCCACAUGAACGCUCUGCUGGUGGCCAGAAGAAACGGAUGCAGGAACGAAUUAAAACCUCUGAAGAGGUGCAAGAUCAAACCAUCCAGUAUAGAAGACCUAGCCACCUGAGGCAUGCUCACAGGGCUAUUCCUGCCCCCUCCAACCAAGCCUUCAAAUGCGCUGUCUGCAGCUGUAAAUCCAUGGUUGAUCUCCACAGACACCAAAGGACUCAUAAGUGAAGGUGAAGAUGCUUCUCAUCAACCAUAAGCAAGUAUGAGAUACUGGGAAUCAAACCAAUAACAACUAACCAGCCACUUUUGUAUUCUCUUUUAAAACAGUUUUUAUUUUUUAAGAAGUCAGAAUAAUUUGAAUAUAUUGUUCAUAACACUUUCUUAUAUAUUAACUUUAUUUCAAUACAUACACAAAGAAAUAUAUAUAUUUUUUAAUUUUACAUUUUUUGUUUUUUUUUCUGGUGUCUUUUGUUUCAUUCUUUGAUCUUGUUGGAUUCUUUUCUCUCACUUCUAGUGAUGGUCUGCGCUCUGGUUUUCUGGGAAGUGCUUCCACUGUUCCUCUUCUCAUUCUUUUCUCUCCUUUAUACUCCUGGUGUUAUUUUAGUCCCACUUCUUGCUUACUAGAUUGUCAUCAGCAACUGCAAGGGAAAGAGAAGGGUAUUGGCAACCGGAUAAGGAAGGGCUAGACUUAAGUCCCAAAUUGAGCACUAGCCCCUAGGGAUCAAUUUGGAGGAUAGGUAUAAGCAAUAUGGGGAACAUUCCAACCCAGCCUAAAAUUCCCAUAUUGUUAGAAAUACAGUCCUUUUAGAUCUACAUGAAGUACUAUUGAUUAAUGUGGAGUUGGGCAUUCAUCUAUUAUUCUGGCCAUUUAGUUACAUUUUAGUUCUGCUCAAUUGAUGUUAUACAACACUUAUCUACUCAACAGCAAAUAUUGGUGGUUCUGUGUAGCUCAGUUGGUAAAGCAUUUUUAUUUUUUACCUUUUAUUUAACCAGGCAAGUCAGUUAAGAACAAAUUCUUAUUUUCAAUGAUGGCCUAGGAACAGUGGGUUAACUGAAUGGCGCUUCCAAUGCCAGGAUUGUGGGUUCAAUUCCCAGGGGCCACCCACUUAAAAUGUGUUCACACAUGACCAAGUUUUGGAUAAAAGCAUCUGCUAAAUGAUACCAAAAGUAUUACUAUGUUCAUAAAAUAAACCUGACUUUUCCAUACAAUAA